UGCAUAUUGACUUUAUCUGGGUCUUUUUGAACCGUUCUCGCAUUGCAGAUUUGGGCAGCCAAUGAUAUAAAAAUGUUUAUACGCAUGAUGACCCAACGGAAUGUGGAGCUACAACUGCAGGCGUUGGAUUUGAUUGAGAAAAAUCAAUUAGCUCUGCUGCAGGAGAGCGAACCCGCUGACAAUGCCAGCUCCACGGAAACCGGUAGUUCUCAUUGUGGAGAAUAUGAUGAGGUCGAGGAUUUUAUAGCGAAGUCCUUGGAGAAGGAACUGGAAAGCCCAGAAGCAGCAGUAACCCCUGAACCGGAGAGUGUAGACUCAAGCGUGAACGAAAAAUUUGCGCGUUUGAAUUUAUUCUUCGACAACCAAAGGAUUGAUCCCGAUGAUGUUGUGUCGCGUCAGGAAUACCUUCGCCAGCAACGUGAUAAAAUUGUUGAAAUUAAGAAAAAGACACGCGCCAAGCAGCUGCUCGAAACGGUGGCGCGCAAAAGUGCUACCAGUCAGGCGUCUACUGGACGUCCGUCCUCAGCACAAGUGGCGCAGAAAUUGCUGGAAAACGGCGGUAAAGCCACCGAGCUGCUAGAAAAGGAAAACGUUGGCGAAGCCGCAGGUGACGGUGAGCCGCAGAGUUCGGCGUUGCAAUUGCGUAAGACCUUGGCUAAACGUUUGCGGGCCGAGGUGGUGGAACAUGAGUAGAAAGCUAUAAAGUAAGGUUGUAAUUAGCUAAAAAUUGUACUUUUUCACUUUUUAGUGCAAUAAAUGAGUAAUACCCGUAUUCAGAAUUCUUCCGAAGUAAAGUAUUUACAUAUGCAGGUGUAAUCCUAGAUAUAGUAAACUUUCAUCGAAGUCUCACGUUGAGAUGAAGAUUUCCGAAUUCUUAAUAUCAUUCUGGCAAUGUAAACGGGUCUUUGGUAAAACGUGGGGUCAUCGCAGCUAGAGGAAUCCUGUGGAUUUACACCUCUAUGAAAAUACCCAUAAUCAGCUACGUAUCUAAAUCAAUAGCUUGGCAAAUUCGCUUGCCAAAUUUUAAAGAACGAUACAACACCUGGGUCUGCUCUGGAUGUACUGCUAAACCUACCGUCACUUAUUAUUUAUAUCCGUGGGAAGGCCCUUAAUGCCACCCUUAAGGUAC